AUGGGCGGCCCCUGGACGGGCCCGCACGAUCUCUGGAUCACCGCCGCGUCGGUUCUCGCGCGGGUGCUGCGCAACGGCUCGCUCAAGUCGAUCCUGGCGCCGAUGCGGUCUGAGCAGGCCCGGCCGAUCAACGCACUCGUGACCGAGACGCUCAAGCGGCGCGACGUGCUCGAGCGGCUCGUGACGGCCUGCGGCCCGUGGGGGUGCGACGCCGAGGCGCACGCGGCGGAGCUGCGCCUGCUCAUGGCGCACGAGGCGCUCUUCGGACGCGGGCUGCACCAGCCGGCGCUCCGGCGGCGGGCGAGCCACGCGGCCCUCGCCGAGGCGGUGGACCGGCUUCGCCGCUGGCAGGCGGACGCGGUCAAGGCGUCCCGCGCGAGGGCGCGAGAGGGGCGCACGGACGCGACCGGAGCAGCGGAGGGCGUGGGUGGCGCUGUUGGUUCUGCUGCCGCUGCGGCGGCGGCGGCGGGGGCGGGGGCGGCGCGGGAGGAGGAGGAGGAGGAGGAGGAGGAGCUGCACGGCGGUCUGUCGAAGCGGCUGCCGCGGUACGCCCGCGUCAACACGCUCAAGGCGACGGCCGAGGAGGUUGCGGCGAGUCUGUGCGCCGAGGGCUGGAGACAGCUCGACCCGCCCGCCGGCCUCGGCGCGGCUGCAGGGCGGCGGGCGAUUCCGGCGCGCCCGCCGCCGGCGGGCUGCUUCUGGCUCGACCCGCACGUGCCCGCCCUGCUCGUCCUGCCGCCGCUCACCGAGCUGCACCAGCACGCGCUCGUCGCCAGCCACGCGCUCAUCUUGCAGGAGACACACAAAGCUCACCUGGCCUCACCUUACCUGCAGGACAAGGCGUCUUGCCUCGCGCCGGCCGCGCUGCAGCCGCGGGCGGGCGAGGCCGUGAUCGACUGCUGCGCCGCGCCCGGCAACAAGACGACGCAGCUCGCCGCCCUGUCCGGAGGAGGCGGCCUCGUGAUCGCCUGCGAGAGGGACGCGAGGCGCGCGGGCGUGCUGCGCAGGCGGGCGGCCGACGCGGCGGGCGCGAGCGUGCGCGUUGUCCAGACCGACUUUAUGGCGGUCGACCCGCGGGCGCCGCCGUACGCUGACGUGACGGCGGUGCAGCUCGACCCGACCUGCUCCGGUUCCGGCAUGGUCGAGCGCGCCUCGUACCAGCUCGGCGGCGCGGAGGAGGAGGAGGGCGGCGCGGGCGGCGGCGGCGCGAAGCUGCACGCAAUCGCCGCGACGCAGCUGGAGCUGCUCACCCACGCGCUCUCCUUCCCCGCCGCGCGGGUGGUGGUCUACUCGACCUGCUCCAUCCACCCAAUCGAGAACGAGCUCGUCGUCGCCGCGGCCCUGCGCGCGCCGUCCGUCCGCGCCGCCGGCUGGCGCCUCGCUCCGGCCCUUCCAGCGUGGCCGUGCCGCGGGCUGCCGCUUGUGGAGGGCGCCGAGAUGCUGCUGCGCGCUGGGCCGGAGGUGCAGACCAACGGCUUCUUCGUCGCGCGCUUCGAGCGCGGCGAGGCCAGCGGGGGGAGGGAGGGGCGCGCUAGAGGAGGGAAGCGCCGACGAGGCGGGCCGGGGUGUGAGCAUAAAGUAUGCGGGAGAGAGGCUGGGGGGCGGUGA